AUGAAGCGCCGGCGUUUGCUAUAUAAGCAGCCUCUUCCUGCCGCGCCGUCGAGUGAUGAGCUUGGGCAGGUGAGAACGCUUGUGAGAGACAAGUGGGUUGCCUCCUACCUUGCCGAGCAUGGACGUGGGGGUCAGGAUGCACGUGCUGCGGCCAAACGAGAGUUCACCUCAGCCGCCAACAAGCGUCAGAUGCUGAGUUCCAUGCUGGAGUCUGGGCAGGUACCACCCCGGCUUCAUGCAGCAGCCACCCGUCUAAUCAUGGCUUGGACAUCUGAGACGCCCCUCCGUGGCCCACAUGAGGUGGAGGAGGAUGUCAUGAGUUCGUACCGUGGCAGUGGGACUAUGUUUCGGUAUUCAGGGUCGUGGAGCCGUGUGGACGAUGCCGCAAUGUCGGCGGUGCUGGUUGCGAAGGGUCACAAUGGCAUUUCUGAGGUAUGCAGUCGCCUCAAGUGUCACCCCUAUGUGCAAGGAUUGUGGGACGAGUUCUCGGCCUUCAGGCAGCAGCUGGUGUCAAGCACACCUAUCACGCGCUGGACUGCAGCCAUGGAGCUACAUGUGGAAGCUUCGCUUGCGGCCAACCCUCCCAUUCCAUCGGUACACAUACAUUUUAUGUUUGAUGCCAUUGGCAAGACCAUCUCAUUUCGAAAUGAGCCUGGAUUGAAGUUUCGCAACUCGCAGCCGUACAGGUCGCUUGCAGCACCAGUCGCCCGCGGACGGGCUUGCAAACGAGCCUAUGAUCAGGGGCACUUUUACUUGACUCCGCUCAAGACAGGUGCCAUACUCCAUGCCACAAAUGCACCACCGUUCAAGUCCUAUGCAGUGUCUCCAGAAUGGAUCACAAGCAUGUGGCAAGGGGAUAAAUUGUCUCCGGAAUCGGCCAAGGAACUCUAUCUCAAGUGCAAAAAGCACGUCAAACAGUAUUGUGACAAUGUCACAUCACAGGUCCAGAUGACCCAGCAGAGCAACUUGCAGGAACGCCAGGCUGCAGCACAGGCAGCCUUGCUCCGCAUGCAUCGUCCUCGGGUGUAUCUGGAACCAGUGGAACAAGAGUUCUUGCCUCAAUUCCAGGUGGAUGCUUUCAGACGACGCUUCUUGGUGCUGGACGGACCCACGAAGCUCGGCAAGACGAUCUUUGCCUCCAGCCUUGCAGGACCCGAACACACUCUGGAGUUGAAUUGUGCAUCGUCCAUGGAACCCAAUUUGCGGGACUUCAACAAUGAUGUUCAUCGCGCGAUCGUGUUUGAUGAGGCAUCUUGUGCCAUGGUUCUCCGGCACAAGAAGCUUUUCCAGGGUGGUGUGCAACCACUGGAACUGGCCAGCUCCAACACGAAUUGCUACUCUUACAAGGUUUGGGUCUAUGGCACGAUGAUGAUCGACAAGCAACACCUGGUUGCAUGUCUUCGAAGAAAGAUUUCUUCGUUGUCACGGACGAGAAGAGCCGAGAAGCAGCGGGAAGCCAACAUGGGUUUGAAUCCCCGUCAAGUGUUUGUCUUAUUGGCGAUUUAUGUACUUACUGGUGACCCAGCGGUGGCUCUCGAGUAUAUCAGCGCGAAGGCUGCGCGUGAAAGGAUGGAAGAGGCAGACGCAGAAGACAAGAAACGAUAUGUAGAAGAGCUGUACCUCAAAACAAGCUUGGAAGACAUAGCAUCGCUGCAGGAUCCUUCUGGUUCGCGGCAGGGCAUUUACAAGACUGCACAGCGUUGGAUUGCCAGACGAAGAACCAGAAACUUCGUGUGCAAUAUGAAUGCGAUUGGCGUGGCUCCAAGUUCAGAGCAAGUUGCAGAAGAAUAUCGCAAACAAAGUGCGUCCUCUGUACCAACUACCGAUGCCCGUGGAUUACGAGCCUGGAGCAGUCGCUUCCGUCGCAGUUUUGCCUUCCGGCUGGGCAAGAUGAAAGCGGCCAAGCCAGUGGAAGAUGUUUGUGCAAAGGCCGUGCUCUUCUGGCGCCACGCUGCUUGGUUGGAACGCUCCAGCGCGAAGCAGCCAGUCUACAUCAAUAUAGAUGAAACGGCUUUAGCCUAUUCGUUCCAUGCUGCGCCUGGCCUGAUACAGCGGAAAUUCCACGCAGAGGUUCAAAUUAGACCUCAAGACGCACGUGGGUGCAUCACCCACGUCGCUCUCGAUUCCUCAUGGAAUUCAGCGCGACAUAUGGUCUCCUUGCUAACUCUCUUGGGUCAGCUCUUUCGCAUCCGCUUCCCGCAAUAUCAGGCCAUUGUUGUCUUCGACGCGGCCUCGUGCCAUCUUUCUCCGGGCGUCAUAAGAGAAGGACGCCACAAGGGGUUAUUCAUGCUGCCGGUGCCCCCAGGCAUGACGUCCUACCUGCAGCCUUUAGAUUUAUGGUGUUUUGGACCAUAUAAGAAAUGGUUGGAGCGCGAAAACCGCCAGCAGCGAAUUUGCCAAAAUGGGCUCGCCUUUGCACAGGCAGGCCUUCCCACAUCCGAGCAAAGGUUGCAUGGCAAGCUUGCCUCGCUGUUCCCGGAGGGAAUUCCCAGUCUGGAGCAAGCUUUGUCUCCAGAUGAAUUUGCACAGUUGUUGCCUAAAAGGCACGACUUGACCCGGACUUUUUCUGACUGGGUGGGCGGUCCCCGGCGAGAGGUGCCGGUGCUUUCCUAA